AUGAACAUCUCAGGGAUCCACCGUGGGAUGCUCAGGAUGUAUGGUGGAUUUAUUUUCAAACAGUGGAAAAAGAGGUUUCUGCUGCUAACAGCUGAGGGCAGUCUCCUCGUGUGCCAUGAUGCAUCGUCUCCUCCUGAUCAGCUGGUACUGUUGCAGAGCAGCUGUGAGGCAAUUGUGGAAGGCAAGGAGAUCCUAGACCUGCCUAAAUUACCCUCCGGUGGACACAGGGAUUGCUGCUUUGCUCUGAUCCUCACCCAGAAUAAAUACCUGCUGCUGCUGGCUGAAACCCCUGCAGACUGCAGUCAGUGGCUGAAUAUGCUGAAAAAAGUGAAAAGGAGUCUUUCAUCACCUCUCAGUCCUUGUAAGAGACAUCAGGUACCACCACCACACAUUACACUCCAUGAUCUGGUGCCUGAGCAAAUCCUUGACAAGGAUCCACCAACUCCACCAAUUGGUGGCAAAGAGAUACCCUCUCCAGGACCGAUGACUAGUGCCUCCACAAAGGAGAAAGGCAGAAAUUCUCCCCGUACAAAGUAUAACAAAGGAAGUGCACAUUCAGUAGGGUGUCUGCGUCAUGGCACUAUCAGUAAUGCCCAGGCAGUGAAGGCGGUUUAUCUGCUGAUGGGAGGGGCUGCUGCUUCCUCUGCUAUGGGUUACCUGGGCGCAUGCUCGACCUCUAAUCUGGAAGCCAAAGCUCCUGACCUGCCGCUCAAUACGGAUUUCUCUGGCAUGGGACCAGCAGGAACGUUUCACACCGGCAACCCCGCACUCGACUCCACUCACUUUAACAGCUUUGACUUUGAAGUGGCAGAUUCUGAUUUUGAUGCUUUUGAUUGUGGUGGGUUUACAUUCUAAUGAUGUAAUGCUUGGAGGCUAUGGACAGUAUUAAUGAAGCUGAGAAACGUACCUGAUACUGCAUCAUGAUUUGUCAAAAUGACAGAACCAGAUAAAGGGUUUUGAUUCAAGAUGCUUUUUAGGAGACAUAUCACCAUUUGGGAUGAUAUAGCAAAGUUGUUAGGAAGCAGUCGGCUACAGUAUUUCUACAUUUAGCAGUUAUGGAUGAAUGUAAUCAUUCAUUUAGAGUCAUGUCUCUGUCCACCUGAGUAGGUACCAGUGAGACAAUGUAAUAUGACCCAGAAGAUCUAGUUGGAGUAACAGAUUCUUUAAACGCCCCCAUGUUGUUUUGACAUGGAUCUGGAUCCCUGCUGAUGGUGCUGCACAUACUUGAGAACAAGCUGUAUAUUCUAUUUAAAUUACUGGAAUAUUCUGUUACAUUUGAUUAAUGCAAAGUAAAUAAAUAAGUUUUCUUCAUCAGAUUUGAAAUUCUUCAGGAAAAGCUGUAACACUUAUUUUGUGACACUGUGAUAAUAUUGCAAUAUUCAUUUUGUGCGUAUUGCCCAUCCCAUGUGCACUAUUUGGCACAAUAAUUACACUAUCAACAUUAUUAGUGAUUGUGAAUGUGGUAAGAAUUUGUGAGAAUUUGCAACAUCACACACUUCUGUACCAUUUCUACACAAUGUUUUAGGAGUAUUAUACUUAUUUUAUAACCUUGAGUGGAUUAAAAUAGAUCUGCAUCAGAUAUUUUAUUUCAUAACAGUUAACCUCUGACUGUGGGUAAUCUACUAAGGCUCCUCUGAAUCUCAGCAUCAUCCACUUUUGUGCCUGUGCAGUAUUUCAUUCAAAUGUCCAGCUGUUGUGUGCUCAUGUCCUGUGUUUGGUUAAAAGCAAAUUUAUA